AUAAAAUUGGAUCAAAGAAACCCAAGCGAAAUCUGCUCCUCACACAUACUACCGAAAUUUGUCAUAAUUAUCAAGUCUGGUCACGACGCAGACCCGACGCGAAACACACAACCAACUAAGCAUUGAGUUCCAGCGGUCUAACGCUCCCACUAUCACUACACACCCUUAGGCGUAUUUUCGCAUUACUUUGUAACCAAAUGCAAACAAAGCACCAUCAAAUACGAGGCAUACAAGAGUAAACGAAAUAUGUUGCACAAUCAGAGUGUCGCGCCCACACUGAGUCCGACGGCGCCCGUUAUGGUCGCGCUGACGACAUCGUUCGUUGUACGCCCCACCAUGGCAGUGCUGCCGGGAGUCUGCCCGCCCAAUUGGAGCAGCAACAACACCUAUGACUGUAUUAACGCGACCAUGGACAAUGGUGUGGGCAUGGGAGGCACUAGCGCAAGUUUCACCGGAUUCCCUGGACAAGAUGGCGCAGCGCUGGGUUAUGAUGGAAAUUACUCUUUACCACGGGAUGGUCUGUUCGAAUUUGAAAUGGACCCAUUGGAGCACGUUGUGUCAACCAUUGUGCCCGUAUUUUUUGGCAUCAUCGGCCUCGCGGGCCUUUUGGGAAAUGCGCUCGUCAUUUUAGUGGUCGUCGCCAACCAGCAGAUGCGCUCCACCACCAACCUGCUUAUUAUCAAUCUAGCCAUUUCCGAUAUACUCUUCGUCAUCUUUUGUGUGCCCUUCACCGCAACCGAUUAUGUGUUGCCCGAAUGGCCAUUCGGCAACUUGUGGUGCAAAUUUGUGCAAUACAUGAUUGUCGUCACCUGUCAUGGCAGCGUCUACACGUUGGUGCUGAUGUCUCUCGAUCGUUUUUUGGCUGUCGUACAUCCGGUCACGAGUAUGUCCCUACGCACCGAACGCAAUGCGAUGCUUGCCAUCAUUUGUGCUUGGGUGGCCAUUGUGACAUCGGCCAUACCCGUGGCGUUAUCGCACUCCGUUCAACUAUACUAUUUCAAAGGACGCAAUUACACAGCGUGUGUCUUUUCAUCGCAUGAGGGAAUCUGGAAUCUCGUUGCUUUUCAGGUCUCUUUUGCCGCUUCAUCAUACGUUACACCACUAACGCUGAUCUUCUUCUUGUACAUGUGCAUGCUGGCACGCCUAUGGAAGAGCGCGCCCGGCUGUAAGCCAUCGGCAGAAUCAAGGAAGGGCAAGCGACGUGUUACACGGAUGGUCGUUGUGGUUGUGUGUGCAUUUGCCAUAUGUUGGCUACCAAUACAUGUUAUACUCGUUCUGAAGGCAUUGGAUAUGUAUGCAUCCACGCAUCUAACGGUUAUUAUUCAAAUCAUCUCACACGUACUGGCGUACACGAACUCCUGCAUUAAUCCAAUACUCUAUGCUUUCCUGUCGGACAAUUUUCGCAAAGCAUUCCGGAAGGUGGUUUGGUGUGGCACACCGCCGCCGAUAAUCAACAACCAGCAGAUCACCAAGACGACGCGCACAACCAACUGCAACGGUACUUCCAAUGUGGAAAUGUUAUAAGCCAGCAAUGGUGAGUUGAUACACGGCAGCAGGCAGGCGAAGGUAAACCGAAAAACGUGCGGCUGUAACAGCAUGCAGGCACAUUUAUGGCUGUGGCAUGCCACAGGUGGUGGUGGCGCUGUUGUUGGUAGUGUUGCGAGUGAUGGUCUUGAGCUACUGCUGCAGCUGCAAUAAACCCGAGGUCGUUAUUAUCGCAACAAAUUGAUUGAAGGAAUCUGCACACAUACAUACACACACAUAUAUAUAUACGCUUACAUACAUGCAUGUGGACACGUGUGUGCGCUUGAAAUGCUUUUGAUGUCAAGCUUAGUCAUGUACAGGUGGAUUGGGGCUGGCAUAUGCUGCGAAAUUUACAUGCACGCAUACAUUUCCGCAUUUGCAUGUAUGCUAUAUAUAUAUGUGUGUGUGUGUUUAUGUGCACGUGUAUGUGUCAUAUGCGCUGCAAAGCAGCCAAGCGGAAUUGAUUUUUUUAUUACAUUUGCAUGUGUGAGUCUGCGUUUGGCGGCAGGCAGACAUUUUUAUUCGAAUAAGAAGCAACUACAAACUAUUGCAUAUACAUAUGUAUAAAUAUAUGUAUGUAUAUUUAGGUAUAUAAUUAUUUGUGCUUGUAUAUAGCAUAAGCUAGUGAUUUAACUAUAUAGUGUACGAGUAUAUAGGCGCUAUAAGUGUGUACAACAGCGGCAAGGCCUUCCCAACGUCCCCCAACGAGCAACCAACGAAUGCAUGCUCCAAUUAUCGGUUUCUUAAACAUUUUAUUCCUAUAUUACAAAAACAAAAAAAUAUAAAAAUAUAUAAUGUUUAAAUUACUUGUGCUAACAGCUUAGCUGUUCAACAAGUGUAGUGAUAAAAUGUAUGCUUUGAAGCAAAGAAAAAAAAACGAAAACAGAAAUUCGAACAUGAGAGCGAAUUCUCGAUUGAUAGGCAAGCUACAUAAUGUUUAAAGAUAUUAUUAAAAAUAAUUAAUUUUAAUUUAGUAAAAAUUGUAUUUUAAUAAAAAAUCAAUUUUAAUUUAAUAAAAAUUUAAUUUUAAUUUAGUAAAACUCAUAAAGCGCUAAAAACACAUAUUGUUCAACUACCAAAAUUAUCACAGCUUUGGUCAUAUCUUUCUGUGAUAAAAGUCGUCUUCGAUUCGCCACAGUUCUACUCGCUACUUUUAGUUUUGCUUACUUAGAAAAAAUUUAUAUGUGAAGGCGCAGCAAAAAAAAGACAAAUAAGAUAACUCAUUAAGAAGUAUAAACUUCUGUUGCAUCGCCACGCUUUUAUACCAAUCAGGUACUCAAUUUAUACCAGUUGUUUGUUCGAUUCGUCAAACUCCAAAUAAUGAUGAAAUCAAGCGAGCUAAUAACACAUCGAAUUAAAAGGUGCCCAAAGCCUACGGCCAACUCUUUCAAUCUGGUAUAGCUUUUGAAAUGUUAGACGACUCCCUCUGAAGACUACAACUAAAAAACACUAAGUAAUCGCUUCGAGCUGGAUAAAGUCAUAUGCUCAUAUAGUGUUAGAAAGGUGAGAUUUUAUGCUU